AGUGUAAUGUUACCGGCCUUAACGUGUCAAUAGAACUAAAUAAUAUCAACAAACAAAAUGGCCGACAUAAAAGCCCUAGAACAUCCGACGUUAAAGGUUCCAUAUGAGCUGCUCAACAAAAAGUUCCGUUUAGCUCAAAAGACAAUAGAUAGAGAGGUGACCAAGGUGCAGUCUGUUGGAAAUGAGAUAAGAAAUUGUCUGAAAUCCCCAAACAUCACAAUUGGGGAGGUAACCCAAGCACUGGACAACAUGGUUGAAAAAUUGCAACUUUUAAAGAGAAAGGCUGAUGAAAGUAUCAACGAAGAGCUUGAAACAGCAAGGAUGAUCAAGAGAAGAGUGGACCAUUUGAAAGAAGCAGAGCACCUUCAUGAGCACACUCGUCCAUUAUGGCAGAAGAAGCGACUGGACAGAAUGUUGGUUGAGUACUUCCUAAGAGCUGGGUAUUAUAACACGGCAUUGAAACUCGCCCAGCAUUCGGAUAUUGAGUGUCUCACGAAUAUUGAUUUAUUCAUGUCCUCGAAGGCCAUUGAAGAGUCCUUGAUUAAUCAUGAGACGGCCCCCUGUCUGGCCUGGUGCUAUGAGAACAAGUCAAAACUUAGGAGGCUUAAGAGUACAUUGGAGUUCAAACUGCGUCAACAAGAGUUUAUUGAGAUGAUAAGAAGCAACGGUCGUUUAGAAGCAAUCAGACACGCUAGGAAGCACUUCAGUCAGCAGUUGGAGCCCGAGCAGUUGGAGCAGACCCAGAGAGUGAUGGGCCUCCUACUGUACACACCUGACACCAGUAUACCUCAUCUACAGGAGUUGAUGGACGGGGAGAGGUGGCACCGGCUGGUAGAGCAGUUCCGACUGGAGAACUUCAAGCUGCACCAGCUCAACAACUCCUCAGUGUUCACUGUCACCCUCCAGGCAGGGCUCUCGGCUCUCAAGACACCCUUCUGCUAUAAGUCCAAUGGUGCUGGCAAGAACGCGCAGUGCCCGGUAUGUAGCAAGAACCUCAACCGACUGGGCCAGCAUCUACCGUUCGCCCACUGUGCCAACUCCAAGCUGAUCUGUCACAUCUCUGGACAGCCUCUCAACGAGCACAACCCACCUAUGAUGAUGCCCAACGGCUAUGUGUAUGGUUGUAAUGCUCUAGAAGAGAUGGCUGCCAAGAAUGAAGGCAAGGUCACAUGUCCACGCAGCCGGGAGACCCACCACAUCGAAAAGUGUGAAAAAGUCUACGUCAUGUAACACGGAAAUAUGCCACCCAAGGCUGCAGAGGGCCAAUGGCGCAUGGAGCUGAUUUACAUGAUUUUUCCAAAACAAGGUUAAUAGGAACGAAAACUCUCUCAGAUGGUUGAUACUGGUGAUCUUAAAUAACAAUAUUGUUUCAGCAACGAAAGUCCAAUAGGCAAAUUACAAGUUUUGACUUGAAUUACAAGAAUCUUGUGCUUGUUUUGUAGUAUUUGUUGACAACCAUUUGUAGCAGGAUUUUUGUUUAAGAUGUUGCACUUUUUUUAUGCCCCUGGUAGGGUGGCAUAUAGCAGUUGAACUGUCAGUCAGUCAGUCAUUCUGUCCAAACCGUCCGUCUGAAAACUUUAACAUUGGCCAUAACUUUUGCAAUAUUGAAGAUAGCAACUUGAUAUUUGGCAUGCAUGUGUAUCUCAUGAAGCUGCGCAUUUGAGUGGUGUAAGGUCAAGGUCAUCCUUCAAGGUCAAAAGUAAGAAAAAACAAUCCAAGGGAAGUGAUAAGCUUUAAAAGGGAGAUAAUUUCUAAACCUGCCAAAUGAUAUGUUUAAAUUUUAUUUCAAAGCGGUGCAAAAGGGGGCAUUGUGUUUCUGACAAACACAUCUCUUGUUUUUAAUAAUGUAAUGGAUAUCAUCAGGUUGCACUGGAAUUGUUUAAAUCUGUUAAGAAUGAACAUUCUGUUUCAGUUUUUUCUAGAAAUUACAGUAUGAAUAAAAAUACUCUUAGCAAGGGCAUUCUUCACUUAACAUUCAUUUUGUUGUGUGAAUCAUUUAGACACAUCUGAUAUCACAAAUAAACUUAUGAGUUUAGUUGCAUGUAACACACAUUACGCAUGUGACAUCGUUGCCACUUUUGUCUCCUUUUUAUUUUCUUUGGCCAAAAGCGGACGGAUAUAGAAUUGGCAUUGUCCCUCCGUCUGGCCCUCCAUCAGUCCAUCUGUCAUUCUGUAACAAAACGUUUUAGAGCUUUAUCUCAGAAACUAUGUAAGAUAUCCACCUGAAACUUCAAAGGUGUAUAGAUAUCAAUGAGAAGUGCCGUGCACAAGAAUCAUAUCCCUACACUUUCUUUAAUAUUAAAGAGUUAUUCCCCUUUGUUAGUUUUUUUGUAUGAUGAAACUUGUCAGGGCUAUAUCUCAGAUACCAUGCAAGAUUUCAACAUGAAACUUUAUGGGUGUAUUGAUAUAAAUGAUGAGAAGUGCCAUGCUUAAGAACCAUAACUGUUCACUUUUUUAAAUAAGAGUUAUUGCCCUUUGUUGUUUUUGUAUGAUGGAACUUUUCAAGGCUUUAUCUCAGAUACGCUACAAGAUUUCAACAUGAAAAUUCAUGUGUUGGUAGAUAUCAAUGAGGAGAAUUGCAAUUGAUAAAAACACUUACCCUAUACUUAAUAAUCACCUAUUAAUUAUUACUCUACACUUAAUGAUUAUACUGUAUAAUUACCCUAUACUUAAUUAUUACCCUACACUUAAUGAUUAUACUGUAUAUCAAGGGAUUUGCACGGAUCCAUAAACAAAGUUUAUUUGGUGAGGUAUAUCAAUUCAACAAAUUUUCCUGUCUUAAUUAUUUAUCUAUCUAUCGAUACUGCCUAACUCCCCUUGCAGGUAUUAUUGACAAGGAUUAUAUUCCUUAUCAUCUUUUCAUUCAGUCAGGAAAUGAAAUGCAUUAAGAUACAUUUGUGAAAAAUAAAAAGUCGUCUGCCUGCCAUUCAUGGGAAUUGAAAUGUAAAUAAGGAUGAUAAUGUGUUCUAAUUAUGAAACAUUGAAGCAUUUCAUGGCAUUGGUCAUUAUUGGUGUGAUUGUUAGAACGUGUUUGUUAAAUGUGCAAAAUUCUUGCUAUGGAAGUUAUUGUGGAAUUUAUUUGAGUGAGUAAACAUUGUGGAAAAUGUUUGGAAAAUGUUUGAGUGAAAAGCUUUUGGUGUGUGUUUUGCAUUUGUUUGUUUGAAAGAAAAAUUCUGUUAAAUAAUUUGAAGUUUUAAAGAUUUAUACCCCCCCCCCCCCCCCCUUAAAACAACUACAAUCAUAUACUGAUUCUCGAACAAAGAUACUGAUUCUCGAACAAAGAAGAGUUCGUGAAAACAUGACAAAUUUUUACAGAAUUUGUAACAGAAAGGCAGUCAGAAGUACACAUGGUCAUUGAAAAAUCCUUCAUUGCAAUAUCAACCAGUUUUUAACUGUUGAUUCAUAAGAUAGGCGUUUUCAGUAAAAUGGAAGAUUUUAGCAAAAUCGAUUCAAACACUAAAAUAUUAUCUACAUUCAAACAUGUUUCUAUGGUUGCGCAGUAUACAAAUAAUGCAUAUAAUUGUAAAUGAACUACAAGGCAUUGUUAAAUAAAAGUUUAUAGACGGUAGAUAAACAUGUUCUAGUUGUGAAUGAGUUAACAUCAUACAGUAAAGAAUGCAUGAAUGGCAUAGUUUCUUAUAAAACCAAUUUUUUGUAUGAUAUUUUGUGAACAUGUUUUCAAUUAUUAUUUAUGGAAUGAUUUUUUGUGACAGUUUUUUUUUAUCUGUGCAUGAUUUGCUUAAUGUGCAUUGAUAUUUUAUUUGUGAUACUAGUAAUUAAGAUUUUACAAUACUUGUUUUUAUUGUUUCAAGAUUCUAUUCAGAUUUUGCUUUGAAAUAGGCCUUGUGAUAAUUGCAUUCAAAUAAUUGCCACUGACAAGAAAUUUUAAUUUUGGAAGAUGACUGAAUUAGAAAAUAUCAACACUUCUUUUACCGGUAAUUGUCCCUGAACAUCAAUAUACUCUAUAUAAUCCUAUAUAUCUAUAAACUUUAGUAGUACAGCAGCUUAAACUAAAGUCAAUAAAUUAUCAUUAUGAUGACACUAUUAAAAAUACCAGAAGUACACUAAUUCAGUAAAGAGUAGAUAGAAGUGUUAAUGGACAAUAAUAAUAUUAUGUACUCCAUUUCACAGAUAUGGCUGUUAUUUGUGACUGCAAAACUUGACUCUGUCUAAUGAUAGAUCGUAAGGCAACUUUAAGUUAGACUAAUUUUCGUUUCUUCAAAAAAAUAUUCUUUAUUUGAAGGACGUGAAGAAGAUACCAGCAAAAUUAACACGUUAAGAAAGUAUUCAGACGUAAUAAAAGAUUGAGAUACAAAGCAAUUAUUGAUGUUUUAAACAUGUAUCUUUAUUGCAAAUUGCUAUACACCAUUUAGUAAAAUGGUCCCAUGAUGAUUGUGUGUGUGUGCGUGUCUUUAUUUGUUUAAGAUAAGAUAAUUAGAUUUUUUUGUUUGUUUCAUAUUUAUGUUGCCUAAUGUACUAAUGAUACUGGUAUGUCGUAUCUUGAAUGUUUGAUUUGGCUUUCAAGUGAGCUUUAUUUGCAUGUUUGUUGACAAAACCCGAGCAUUUACUGUCAGAUUUGCAGGCUUCCUCAUAUAUUGUGAUAUUAAUACUUUUAUGUGAAUGGUGUAAUGUUUUAUUUAUCAAUAAAUAUAUGACCAUAUAAAAUACAAGUUAUUGAA